CCUAGGCAGACAAUGAACAUACUGGUGUGCUUUGUGAUGUCAGAGAGACCUGAGGCCAUGAUCAGAUGGGUCAAGUCAUAGAACUGAGUCUUAUUCUCUAGGUGACUGAAGAAGCUCCUCUAAUUUUCUUUGACUGCCCAGGACCAUUUUUUUUUCUGAAAAAACCAACCAACCAACCAACCAACCAACCUUAUUUUCUGAGUUCUUUUGUAUCUGCUCAGGAUUUGGUUAUUAGUCCCACCAAUAAGGCAAGCUUGAGGCCUAGAACGUACUUGGAAUUGGGCUGUUCCAGUGUUCUCCUCUUUUUUAAAAACAUCCUACUAAUAGAAAUCCUCCUGUAGUUGUAUGGGGAGAAAACAAAGGGUAUUUUCUAAAGAUGGGAUCUUUUACCUCAUCUGCAUAUUGUAUGAAUGAUACCUCCCUUGCCUAAUCAGGACUUCCUGUGUGGAAUCAAUGAAGUGAUGCAUAUGAAAGUUUUUGGAAAGCUAUAAGAUGAUGUCCCAACUUCCAGAGCCAAUCCAAGGUCCUCAGACGGGCCUCUGUUACCAGGCCAAAGUGGUGUGGCUACCAUGUCCUCCCCAUCGGAUUUCGCCACUGUGGGAACAAGACCCCUAUUUGAGGGCUGAGCAAAUGUCUUUCAAGCACCAGGAAAGACCCGUCCAGUCACUGCCCCAUCCUCGCCCCAGGACUGAACCAAUGCCCUCCUCACAUUUCAGACCUCCGGUCAUAACUGUCCAGCCACCUUGCCCCGCUCCUAGAACAGUUGCGAAGCCACUGCCUCAUCUUCAGCACCAGCCUAGGGCCAAUCAUUUACCCUCGCAUCCCAAACACCACGUAGUCUUUCCCUUAAGCAGGCCUGAUGUCCCACCCAACAAGCCUGCCAUGACUCUGACGUUCAGUAAGCAGUGCCCUCCGCUUUACUCCCGACAUCAGCCUGUGAUUCCUUUGGAUCUCAAUCCCCAGGCAGAAGCUUCUUCAGGCUCUAAACACUUCCCAAAGAUCUUCCCAGACUGUGGCCAUCUAGCUGAGGACCUAAGCCGUUACAGAGAGCGGGCCCCCUAUCCAUCGUUUGCGGAGGCCCCCCCACGGGAAGUCCCCAGAGCCAUGUACAUAGCUGUACCCCAGACGGGCCCCAGCCCGUCGGUCCGGGUUGCAACCAUACCAGUGAGCUCCGGUCAUCAGAUGGGACCUUUGCCUAAACCCAAGCGUCGGAUCCGGGCCACAAAUGCUCUGCUAGGAUUUUUAAAACUGGAACCCAUGCUUCAUCCAACGAACUCAACAACUAGUUGUCCGCACCCCUGGUCUAGAGACCCGGCUUCGAAAUCCUCAGGUGCAGACUAUUGGGCCCAGCCCAAAAGGCGUUCAUCCUCACAUCCCAACCUUCUUUGCCCUUGGAAAACAGUAUCUCUGCUCUAUUGCAAUGACAAUCUCCCCAAAUCGCUGGGGGUGCCUUCAUCACAUUCUCAUCAGAAAACUGGGGCUACGACUGCAUCCAACUCAGAGAAGCUGCCACAGGCUGGGGAUGCAACAUGCCCCACCGUCCACGGAUUAUUUCAGAUGGGAAAAAAGCCCUGGGAAACAAUCCCGGUGAGAGUGCCAAUGCCAGAGAGAACCAGCCAGGAUCAAAGGGCAAGACAGAUUCCCAUUGGCUUACACCUUCAAGACAAAACUCUACAUGUCCCUGACCACCAGGUGAUAUUUCCUCUCCAUCCAAAGGAUCCUUCACAUCCUAUUGCCCAGGUCUCGCUUCAAAUGGAACAAGAGCACAGGAAAACAGUACCACUAAGAACAGAGCACCAGGCCACACACCCUGCAGGUCAGGAUCACUGGGCCAUCCCUCCUUUCCUGGGCAUAGAUGGCCAGAAAACAAUUCUGUUUGUCCCUCGCUACAGGGCCACACCUCCUCCCAGCCCUAAUCAGCAGGCUGAAGACAUACCAAGCCCUGUUGCUUAUACAUUGAAAACCACAGCACCAAAAACCCAGCCCCAGGCCACAACUCUACCAGGGACUGGUCAGCAUCUUCGGACGGCACCUCCAGUGGUCUCUUACAGGCCAGACAUCCACCUGCUUGGCAUCAAACCCCAAGCCACAACUACAUUCACUUCAGACUACCAGAUUGGGAAAAUUGUGAAUGCUAAUGCUCAGCUAAAAAGUAAGCCAAACCCAGAACUAUGGGAAACAAUGAUAGAGGGAACAGACCAGAAGAACAUCAAUCCUUUUGUAUGGGGUUAUGGGACAAACUCUACUCUGCAGAGUACAGAUAACAGGGCAACAGCUGUACCUAGUUUUAACCAUUGGGUAGCCCUUCCACCCUUCUCUGGACUUCAGACUAAAACUAUCCUUGACCCAAAUGUCCAGUUCUCACUUCAACCAGAACAAAAACACCAUGAAGCAAGGCAAUCAGGAAUACACCAACAGCCUACGUCUCUAACAGGACAAAAUCAAAGGACAACUACAAAUCUCCCAGGCUUAGAUGACCAGAAAACAACUGUAUCUGAUUCUAGCCACUGGGCAACCCUGGUCAAGGUUCCUCCUAGGCCUGAACAGCAGCCAACUGUGUCUUCAGCAGGCCCAGCUGCACAAGUCUUUCUUCAGCUUGAACGAGAGAAUAUGGAACCAAUGCCAUUGAGAAAAGAAAUCCAGAAUCCUACUCUAACCAACCAGGAUCUCAUGUUAGUAUCUUCACUGGACUUAAACGCUCAAGACCCAACUCUACUCAUCUCAAAACACCAAGGCAUACCUCUAACUAAUCCUGCUCACCAGCCUGAGAAUACACUGGGAGAUCCUAAAGCCCAAGUCUCACGGCGAGAAGAAUUCAAACAAUGUGAAAUAACACCAGAGGGAAUAGACCAGCAGACCACAAAUCCCACUAAACAAGGCCAAGGGGCAACACUUCCCUUGAGCACUGAGGUCCAGGAAAUAUCUUUCCCUGGCCCUGACCACUGGACCAUAUCUACACCCAACCCUGACCACCAGACUGAGAAUAUUCCAGACUCUGAGAAGCAGGACUCUGGGCAAGUCAACUUAGAAUACAGUGAAAUGAUAAAGCCAGCAGCAGAGCAGCAGACCAAGAAUCCCACUGGUAAUGAUCAUGGUGCAAUACUUCAUCCCCUGCACACAGAUAAACAGGAGACACUUCUGUGUGGGCCCAGUCACCAGGCCAUGUCUCAUCUUGGGCAGAACACUUUGAUUGAGGAUAUAGAGGAUUCAGUUCAACCAGAAGAACCACAUUGUCAAAUGGUUCCACCUAGAACAAAUCAACAGACUAUAAAUUCCGCUGGGCAGGAUCAGGGGGAAAUAACCCUGACUCUGGGCACAGAGAAUCAGGAGACAAUUCUCUUGGACUCUAGGCAUCAAACUAAAACUUCUCUUGGCCCUGACUUUAGGGCUGUAGGUACAGCAGAAUCUGGGACUGGGCCCCCAUGUAAAACAAAACAGGAAAACAAAGAAAGAACACAACUAGGAAGGGAGCACCAGGCUACAACUCUCCCAGACCACAAUUUUUGGGCAACAAGAACUCCACUGGGCUCUGACCUCCAGGAUAAAAGCCGACUUGCCUCUGGAAACCAUGGUUCACUUCCACAGAACUCUGACCAAAAUGUGCAUACACCCCAUCUUAUCACCGAUAUUUUGAUACAAACAGAACAAGAUCUCCAGGAAGCAAUGCCGGUGAGAACAGAUCCACAGGUCACAAGUAGGACUGUCUGUGAUCACCAGGAAACACCACUUCUACCUGGACCUAACCACCAGGUCAAAUGUUCUCCCAACCCUUCUCUGCCUAAACCUCCCAUUUCAAUUAAAAAAGACCAAGUCCAGAGGGAAACAUUGCCAAAGAAACCCAACCACCCAGAUUUAGCUCUUUCUGACCUGGAGUGCAUGGUCACACCUACAUUGGACUCCCAAGAUGAAAUGGUGAGUAGCCCUGGCUAUAGGACCGCCCCUCCACAGUGCUUUGAUGAUCAAGCUAAGGAUACAGUAGACCCCCUUGUCCCAACCUGGGAUCCAACAGAGCAAGAGCCCAGGAAAACAAGGUCAAUGACAAUAGAUCAAGAGGCCAUGAAUGUAACAGAUCUGUAUGAGGGGGAAGCCACACCGCCUUCGGACUUGGAAUCCCAGGACACAACUCAGUCUAGAUCUGAACACCAGACCACACCUCUGUACAGCCCUGACCACCUGGAUGAGAAGAAAGCUAAUAAAUGGGAAGUAAUGCCCCAGGAAAGAGACCAGCAGGCCACAGUGCGAACGGACCAGGGAUUCAGGACAUCACCGCCACGGCUGACUGACCCCCAGGACAAAAAUCCGCCUCGCUCUGACCACAAGACCAUACCUCCUGCUAGUCCAUUAGAAGCUUCUUCAGAUUCUGACCCCCAGAACAUCACUCCAUCAGAUCAUAAACGUGUAGCAAAACGGUCAGUGAGUCCAGAUCACCAGGUCACACCCCCCCUCAGCCUUGACUCUCAAGUUACUUCUCCAGCCAGCUCAGCUCAGCAGGUUGAGGCUAGAUUAGACUCUACCAAACCCCAGGGCCCUAAACACAAGACUGUACAGUCCUCAGGUUCUGGCCUCAAGAAUAAAUCUCCAAGAGGUCAGGGCCCCCAGGCUGAAGAUGAGCCAAACUCUGACCCUGAAGAUCAUAAUCAAUCAGAAUCCCAACAUCAGACCCAGCUGGCACCAAAAAAAAAGUCUUUUAAAUGUUUAAAUUACCUCAAACCAUAUAUUGUGGAGGGGGGGCAAGUCUCUGACAGUAAAGUUCAGGACAUUGUCAGUUCUAUCCCUCAGGAGAAAAUAAAAAACGAUGUCUAUAAACAAAUUCUUCUACGAAAGAAGAGGAAAUUCUCACCUCACAGUUCUAGUCGAUACAGUUCAUCUUAUUAUCCUGUCUGUUUAGUUUGUGCUUCUUGGAUCCCAGAUGGCUGUCCCCAUGAGGGAAUGAAAUACCCCUCUGAAGCACAGUUAAUGGUCAUACCUAUACCUAUGCCAGGCACUGAGGAACUGGGGGUGAAAUUUAUCCUCCAAGUGCCUCAUAAGACACCAUGCCCCUAUUUUGAUUUUCCUUACUCCGACUAUAGUCUGGAAAGGUAUCCCCAUGACUCCCAAACUUUUACAGUAUCAUCUUACUCUGACCCUGAGCUCCCGAGGCCUUCUAGGCCAAAGUGGCUCCAUUUCAUACUUGACAAGCCUCAGCGUCCAGAGAGGAGAAACCAAGAACCAGUAUUCAGAGAGGAAAUGCCCUUGAAGAGGUGUGGUCUCAGAGAAGAGGAGGCCAGGGAAGAUAGAACAUUUUUCAAAUCUUUGCUGGAUAGAUUUCAGUGGAGGUUGGGAGAUUAAAUGAUUAUAUAUUCUAUUUGAAAGGAAUUGGCCCCCUUUAUGAUUGAAAUGCCUUAUUUUAUAGAUCACACAUGUUAUUUUAUGAAAUAAGAUUGAGAAAUGCUGA